AUGUCUUAUGAUAGUCUGGAGUACCGAGACCUGAAACCGGAAAAUAUUCUUCUCAAUGAGAAGAUGCACAUACAAAUCACAGACUUUGGAACAGCCAAGAUUAUAGGGACUGAUGAUAAGAAGGAUGGGUCAUCUCGUGCAAAUUCAUUUGUUGGUACUGCUCAAUAUGUGUCCCCGGAGCUACUCACUGAAAAAUCUGCAACGAAAAGCUCGGACCUCUGGGCUCUUGGCUGCAUAGUGUAUCAACUACAAGCAGGGCUACCUCCAUUUAGAGCAAGCAAUGAGUAUAUGAUAUUCCAGAAAAUAAUCAAGUUAGAGUAUGACUUUCCAGAUGGGUUCUCUCAGACAGCACGGGACUUGGUCUCAAAACUUCUUGUUAUUGAUCCGCUCAAAAGAUUAGGCUGUGACGAGUGUGGCGGGUACCCUGCCCUGAAGGCACAUCCAUUCUUAGAUGACGUGGACUGGGACAAUCUCCACGAGCAGAAGGCACCUGUACUCAAACCAUGCACAGUGGUCGAUGGGGAAGAGAUCCAUAGCGAGUACUAUGUUGAUGAUUUUGACUUGGAGUUGAACCCUACCAGCUUAAGUGAGUACCUGAAGAGGAUCGAGACGCACGACCGCGCCCAUAGUCCUACCAGGGAUAACAAAUAUGUUGUAGAUUUUACCCCGGGAGAACGCAAGCAGAGACUGGAGAGGCAACGGAAGGAGAACAAAUGGCACCGGUUUGUGGAAGGCAAUCUCAUACUCAAGAAUGGCUGGGUGGAUAAGAGGAAGGGUUUGUUUGCCAGGAGGAGAAUGUUACUACUAACGGAAGGCCCCCACUUGUAUUAUGUAGAUCCUGAAAAUAUGGUCCUCAAGGGAGAAAUACCAUGGUCACCGCAACUGAAAGUAGAAGCUAAGAAUUUCAAGACAUAUUUUGUGCAUACACCAAAUCGGACAUACUACCUUAUUGACCCAGAGAGUGAUGCAGUUGAGUGGUGUCAAGCAAUCAAAGAGAUGUACAGACAUACGUACCAAAAGUCUAUUUAAUCUAUCGCCAUCAUCCUCCGCUACCUGCUCCAUUCUGUGGACCAGUGGGAGGAUCAGCCCCCUUCGCUUUGUCCAUCGAUGGUUAUGUGUGAUGUUUGCAAUGGUAUUGUAUACUUCUUAUCAUAAAAUGCUAUUUAUGAUUCAACCUAACAUGAAAGGUAUGUUGAGGUUGCUGAUUUGGAGAGAGAUUAUAUGUGAUGUAAUUGUAGUUCUUCAGCCUGGUGAUGAGGUUGAGUAUUGUACUUGUUUCAACCUGGUCAUAAGAUUGAAGGUGUAUUUCAUUUCAACCUGGUGAUGAGGUUGCCAUCUGUAGUUGCUCCAACCUGGUGAUUAGGUUAAGCAUUUUAGUGGCUUCAACCUGGUGAUGAGGUUGGGGUUGUAGUUCCUUCAGCAUGCAUGGUGACAAGGUUGGUGAUUGUACUUGCUUUAACCUGGUGAUGAAGUUGAGGAUAGUAGUUCCUUCAGCCUGCUGAAUAUGGUUGAAGAUUGUGUUUGCAUCACCGGGUGAUGAGGUUGUGUUUUAAGUUGCUUAUCCUGGUGAUGAGGAUGAGGAUAGCAGUACCUUCAGCCUGGUGAUGAGGUUGGCAUUGUAGCUACUCGAACCUGGUGAUGAGGUCGGGCAUUGUCUCUAUAAAUUCACAAAAAGAAUAUACUAUGGACGGGAAAGCGGGCUUGAAUCGGCUGUGUCAUACAAACAUUGAUUAUCUCAAAUGAAGUAGAAUAAUGAAGUUUACAUAUAUUAUUAAUUGUCACGUUGUUGUGAUGUGUCAUUGUAUGACAUACCUUAUUCAAGACGCUACAAUCAUGAGUAAUGCCAAACCUUUAUUUCCCUGUGAAUAAACCGACUAUUGAUCUAGUGUGUUUUCCUAGAAAUAGGAACAUAGAGUUAGAUAUUUUAUGUUUUCUUCUGAAAAUUUCUAUUCAUUUUUCUUAGUGUAUUUAAAAAUCUAUGGAAGAUGUUGAAUAGAUUGUUACCAGCCAUGUAACAUAGAGGUUAGUGUUUGAUCGUGAUGACGAUAUCUAUGAUUGGUUACAUUGACUUUUGUGUAUGAUCAAUCGUAGGAAUCAGCCCUAAAAUCAAUCACUAAUGUUUAUGUUCCAGGGCGCUGGACACAAAGUCUCUGUAUAGCUCCGAAUGUAAAUAUGUCAAUGGAGAGAUAUAGUACGUAUGCAAUAAUGUAUUGUACAGUAAAUGGAUGGAUGGAGUCCAUAUUCUAUCCUUUUAUCUCUAGAAUUGUGCCCAUUUGUGAUUGAAAUGAUUAUACCGUUACAAUAAUGUCCUUGUGUAUCACAACAUGUCUCAGAAUUUUAUGUUGCUUAUUACCCUGCUGUAUCACCCACAUUUAUAUAAUCAUAUGCCUAUUUUGUCAAUCCUCGAAAUAUUACAGGCGUUCCUUCCAUUCACAUGUUUCAUCUUUACAUUUUGAUCAGUUUACUGUCACAAUAUAUAUGUUAAACUCAUACAAUGAUAUGUGUAUAUGUACACACUAGGUUGCCCGUGUAAGCAACGUGUAGGCCUCGUAAGUGCUAGUACAUGUUCUUGGACAUAUUCAAUUCUAUAGUUCAAUGUUGAACUCAUAAAGACUAGUAUUUACAAAUUUCGUGAUGAGUAUACUCUUUCAAUUUAUUUUUCCGGCUGGUAUACACUAUGAAGUAGACGAAGUGUGGGGCUCAUAGCAGAAUAUUAUUGUACUUAACCAGGAUGGGUCCACCCUAAGAGCCCUGUGGAACUCCACAUGUAAGCUGCCAUGUAUGAGGUAAUGAAACAAAACGUGUUUGCUUCAUCACUGGUCUAGUUUAGGAGUUUCCAGUCCGCAUCGUAAGAUGUGGUUUCUGAUGUUUUCCUUUUCAUUUAAUUGUCAUGACAAUUGAAUUCAACAGCAUUCUUUCUUUCAUUAUAUUAAUGUUUAAAUAGUGUUUUGCUUUUUUUAGAUACAUUAGGAGGAGAUGUAACAUGGUAUGAAUGAAUCAUGAUUAAGGUAUUGUUUUUGGAGCAUCUGGCAUGUCACAGCAUGGUUAGGAAUGAAAUAUGAAAACAACAGCUGAAAUUUGGAUAAUGAAUUUUAAAAUGACAGGUAUGUGAAGAGCAAACUUUUGCUUCAGAUGAGGUUCACGAUUGUUGAUGUUGGUAUAUGUGGCAAGAAGCACCAUUUAUGCCAUUUUAUAUCUAACGUCUCCAUAUAUGUAGAUCAAUAAUCAUUUAAAAAUGCCGUGUUUGAUUUUCAAUGACCUACUAUCGUUUAUUUUACUUUGGAAGGAAAUUAAACAUCUAUUAAAUUUGUAUAGAUUUCUUAAUAUUACAACGAUAGUGAUUUUAUAUUACAUGAAAUUCAUAAUACGUAUAAGUGUGUGUACAUGUUUAAGAUUUGGGGUAAUAAGUAUGUGUUGACCAAGUCUUAUUUUGAUUUAAAAAUAUUUGCUUCCUAUAUGUAAAUCUGUAAAGAGCAAUGUAUAUUGGUCGUAAUUGUGAAAAAUUAGUGUCUUUUGUAGUGAGGAAAAUACAGGAGUACUGAAUGAAAUAAUAGAUAUUGAAAUUGAGUGUCAUUGUGUUCAAACUUAUUUGGUAUUUAUUAUAGAACAUGUUUCCAUUUGGUGGAAUACAUGUAGAUACCAUGUCCUUGUAUUGAAUUCAGCUGUCGUUAACGUCGCUCUAAUCUUACGAGCAGCUGUAUGACACGCCCACCUGAAUGAUAUUUGUCUUUUAAGAUCUAACACACACGUAAAUUUCAUACUCAUCUCUUCCAUACUCUCUCUUCAUAUUCUCUAUACUAAUCAAAUGAUCAUAAAAAUGUGUUGGUAUUUGCAUAAUUUCAAAAGUUUGAAAUCACUAAAUGAUUGGGUUAAUUAUGGAUUCAGUCAUUUGUCAAAUAAAUAACAGCAUGUGCUACAUUUCUAUAGGGCGACCCUUGGUAAACUUGUCAAAUUUGCUUAAGUAUGUUGUUUUUUAUGUAGUAAUUUAUGUAAUCUAACUGAACAUGUGCACAUAAUUAAUAUACACUAAGAUUUACUGCCAAAACUAAUAUCUCCUCCAUUGCACAUUGUAAUAUAAAGGCCACCCACAUCACAAACCUUUAGUAGCUCCUGUUAGGUAUGUUAAUGUUUCAUUAAUGAACACGCAGAAAGCAAAUGAUAUUAUUAAAAAAAAUUAUCGUUUUUGUAUAAUGUACAAACUUAGUUCUUCUCUUCGCAAGGAAAUAUCAUUCGUUUUCCUUCUUCAUGUUAACCAUUUGGUAGAAAGCAGUAGAAGUGGUAACUUAUACAAGUGUAAAUUAAGUAUUUGAAUGUACAUGUAUACAGAUUAUAUCCAAGUUUCACAAAGGUUUGCAAUGGAUUGCAAAUGUAAAGAGCAAUUCUGUUUGGAUCCUCGUCAGUGUGUUGAACAAUGUGUGCAUACAACAACGAUCUUAAUUUAUUCAUUUCAAUCAUAAAAUCAUCCAAUAUAUAUAUACAACAGUAACAUGGAAUGAUCAUUAUGAUAAUGGUAAAAUUGGCGAAGAAACGAGUUACAAUAGAUUUAACCCACUUCUUUGGGAGACGGCCCAGAUAUGAAUUUUUCUGCGUUAACCAAAGCUUUUUUCACAUCUGGGCCCAGUAACACAAAGGUUUGCUAUAAAUCGCUAAUUUAAAAAUUGGUUCCUAAUUGGUCUACAGAGCAAAAUGCACACUCUGCAAUCUUGAUAGGCCAUUUCAUUUAGCAAUUAAUUGCUAAUGUUUGUGUUACCGGGCCCUGGUUACAUCAAUGCUAGAUCAUGUUUCUAUUUAGCCAAGUCAAGUUACCUCAUUACUCAAAUUAUAUUAUGUACAUGUCUUUUAAAACUUCAGGUGGGGAACUGUAAAAGAUACGAAACGAGAUCAUUUUAUUGAUAUAAAGUAUUAAAUCUGGAUAGCUACAUGUAGUCACAGUUCAAACUGUAUAUGGGUUAUGUAAAAAUUAAAUUAAAAUCAUUAAAUUAAAAUCAUUUUUGUCUUAUUCUUAGCUUUGAGUUGAUUUUGUGGUUUUUAUCUUGAUGAUUGAGGUAUUAGCUAAUAAGCUUUGAAGUUAGGCAUGUUGGUGGCGCUUUUCAUUUAGAAUCUGCAAUAUUGCUUCAAAGUAUAUUUCCAAUUAUACAUCUACAUGUAGGUGGACAAAAAACCCUCUUGAUUUGCCCCCCCCCCCCUCCUUGGUAAUUUAUCAUGAUAGCCAUAUAUGUUCAGUUAAUUUGAAGCUUGUGAUCAAACAUGAUUGAAUAUACAAGGAAUUUAUUUUUGAAUGAAUUCAUGUAAUUUAUUCAGAAAUAGGAUAAGAGAGUGUUCAUAAAAAAAAACUUGACUUUAUAGCUGUAAGAUGAUGGUAACCCUUUUUUGUCUCGCCUGUGUAGCAGAGCGAGACUAUAGGCGUCGCUUUUCCGACAGUGGCGGCGUCAACAUUGAUUCUUAACCUAAGGUUAAGUUUUUGAAAUGUCAUCAUAACUUAGAAAGCAUAUGGACCUAGUUCAUGAAACUUGGGCAUAAGGGUGAUCAAGUAUUACUGAACAACCUGCCUGAGUUUCAGGUCACAUGACAACUGUCAUUUAGAGUCAUUUAAAAGAGACCAAUAUCAAAAUCGUAACCAAGGUUAACUGUUUGGAAUGUCAUGACUUUAAAUUUUUAUGUAUGUAGUUAAUGAAACCUGGACAUACAUGUAGGGUAAUGGUGUAUCACUAGAAAUCCUGUCUGAGUUUCGGGUCACAUGACCAAGGUCAAAUGUCAUUUAGUGUCUACGUAGGUAAUUAUUGAAUUGUCAUAACUAAUUUUAUGGAUCUAGUUCAUGAAAUUAGGACAUAAGAGCAAUCAAGUAUCCCUGAACAUCCUGUGCGAGUUUCUGAUCACAUGAUCAAGAUUGAUUAUGGAUCUGUUGCAUGAAACAUACACAUAAGGGUAAUCAGUAUCAGUGAUUGUUUGGCACAAGUCUUAGGUCACAUCAAGGUCAAAAGUUAUUUUUGGUCAAUGAACAUAGUAUUUUAAUAUGUUUUCUUUCAUGAAUAAUAAUUCAACAGAUUGAAAGUCAGGGAUUAAUACACCAUGAAUACAUUUCAAGUGCGUUUUAAAUAAAUUUGGAUUAACUGCAGAGAGAUGCACUUGUAGGCUUCAUAUCACAAAAGACAAAACUUAUUGAAGAAUCCAAUACUCAUCAUAAAAAUAAUGUUUUUACACAGUAUUCUACACACUACAACUCCCAUCUUUCCUAAGAACUAAGGUGUAUUAAACAUUGUCACUACAAGUCAUUUGACCCAAACUAUGCUUAUACAAUGAAUUAAAUGUCAUAUGUGAUAUCUAAUAAGUAAACAAUGUCAAACUACUGAAUCAUGUUCAUAUUUCUUUGCUUUAUGCUGAAUUUUAGAAUGAAUUAUUUAUAACAUGCCAAACCUUUUAUUUCAAUAAUAGCAGGCUUGGUGCGGCAUGGAGAAAUGAAAUAGGGACCGUCGUUACAACAGUAUCAAAAAUACCAUAUAGAAUGAUAAUAGCUACUGUCAGUGGUUACAGUAUGAUGUGAUGUGUGGUAAAUUCAUCCUAAAUAUUAAUUAUUUUGGCUGAUCAAUGUUACCAUCAUGGUAAUUACCACAAACGGAUUGUUCAAUGCACCUAGCAACACACAACACUUGUAUGCGGGCUUGUACAAGCUACACGUAUUUAUGUGCUCUGUGUUUAGUAUUUGUGUCCCAGAGUUAUAUGUUGAAGAUUUGUGUUCAGUUUUGUGUUUAUAUUUAAAUACUGAAUUUUCCUAUAAGUUGAUAACCAAUACAGCAAUACUAAGUUGAUGUAGCUAGGUUAGGUAUACUGUUUGUGUUUCAUAUAUUAAGACAUGUUGUUGUAAUGCAUAGCAUGUAGAACAUGUACUUUCAAUUUUAUUGGUAAUGACAUGGAUGUCUUAUUUGUGCAUCAAUGAAGGGGAAACAUGCUAAUCCUUCUACUUUUGCAGCAACGCCUCAGAAUUUGCCAAAAUAUGAAGGUGGAUAUCUAAUUAUUUCCAUUCUUAUUAUAAUGAAUUGGGAAUAUACAUGUCUGAUAAACAAUGUUUGGUUUAUCUUUACUUUCUGUUUGGAAUCUUGUUUUAGGUGCAUUCAAACAGAGUUUAUGUAAUUUAUUGAAGUGUAAGUUUUAUACCUCACAUCGACAUGUAAUGCCAUGAAUUCACUUGGAGGAAUAAAAGUAUAUUAGGAGUGAGACCUAUUCCAGUUAAUUUUCUCAUACAGCAAAUUUCAUUGUAAAUGUAUAAAUGCUCUUCUAGAAUUCCAUUCAUUUUUAUGAGAAUUGUUUCAAUACCUACACAUAUAUCUAUUGAUGCCAAUUGGAUCUGUUGUUUAAAUCUAAUUCCUUCUAUAAAAUAUUAUGAAGACUUACAGGCAACACGCAUAAUUUUUCCCAUCAUUUAAAGAAGAUCAUAAAAUAUUCAUUUAUGUUUCCAUUUAUUGAUGCACAAUAAGUUAAUAGUGUAUGUCGUCUUCAUGAAAUGAAAAUGGGGUUGGACUGCCUUGCAAUUUGUGCGCUUCAUAAUACAUGCCUUGGAACGUUUACGGGUUGACCACUAAUGACAUGCAAGAUAACGGACCGAGUGUAAGAAUUGAAAAAUGAAAUUGAUAUUUCACUGGUCAAUGAAUUCCAAGGGCAGGGACAAAAUAAGUGUUAAUCAGUUGAACUAGCAGCGGGAUUCUAGGAAACCUGGCGAUAAGCCAAGGUUUUAAAUCACAUGCACUACAAAACUACAGGUGUUUAUUUAAUACCAACGUAGUAUCUAAAUCGGAAAACACCGGGGAGGUGUUGAAAGAUCACCAGAUGAGAAUCAAAGCGAUAUUGUUUUAACACUGACUGUUGCUUAAAUGCCUAUCUGGUGUUAGCCUAACACCAGUCUGGUGAUGUUUCAACACCUCUCUUGUGUUUUCCAAUAGAGACACCAGGCUGGUGUUUAAUUAACACCAGUGUUAUUGUAGAGAAACACAGUGAGUAUUGCAUGGUGUUGAGUACAAAGUGGUCGACCAAUCCGGAUUAACGCUUAUGCGUGACGGCACAAUUUGGGCCCAACUUGCCAGCUCAUAUUAUGAAACACACAAAUUAUGGAUAUUGUCUGUGAGUUAAGAAGUGAAGUUAUACACAGUAAAACAGAAUAAGCAUAUUGUCGAUGCCUGUCACUCUAACAAGAAGUUUAUUUUUUUUUAAUAAUUGUUAAAAAAAUCUUAAACAACUUGUAAAACUUUUCACAACAGUGAAUACAGGGACAGGCUUAAACAACAUGCUUACAAUUUUAAACACCGCUUUUGAUAUGAAGGUAUGUGUUGAGAUUAGUUAAGGUAUGGAACCAUAUAAUAAUGGAGUUCAGACGCCAUGGUGGACAGUGAUGUUUGUUUU